AACAAAGGCAAUUUUGGAUCUACUUCAUCGUGCUCAACGGCCACUUCCCUCAAACCGCCCCCGCCCCGGCCAUGAGAAUACGCAAAAACGUUAAAAUCGCUCAGCUUCUCAAUGCGACGUCGUCUCUGAGGCCCUGCCCCCUCCUCCAACCUCAUAUCUGCCAGCUCAAUCAGUCGCCUUGGGACGUCAUCACCUUCUCUCCACCGUCGUCUCCUCCACCGCCGUUACAGUUGAUUGGGAGCAGUGAUGUUCGUGCUGGAAAUGGAAGCUCCGAGCACUGCGCUUCCGUUUCUGAGAGGAAUCUUAGUGAUACGGCGGCGCCACCGCCGCCAGAGGAGAAGGAAGCUAUCCUGUGCUGCAAAACCGACGGGAAGAGCUGGCAUUGCCGGAGGGAAACCGCCAAGGGAAAUUCCCUAUGCGAGCACCACUUAUCAAUGUCUAGAAACUACAGCAGCCCGGCCGCAACUAAAAAGUCUGCAAGGCCGAAGAGAGCUCCGGCCGCCGCGUCGUCAUCCAAUCCGUAUGAAUUUUACUACUAUUCGGGGUUCGGGCCGCGGUGGGGCAAGCGGAGAGGCGAAGAAACUCGUAAUGCUGAAACGGAGGAAGCAGCGAUCUCCUACACCGGCGACGAAGAGUUGGAUUUCUUCGCGGAUUACGAGGAUGAAGACGAGGAUGAGGAGGAGGAGGAGGAGGAGCAAAGGGAUAAUGGGAAGAAGAAAAGGGUGAGAAAGCCGAUCAAGGCUAGAUCGCUCAAAUCGCUAUUGUGAGGAUUAUGUUAUUUGUAAAAAAUGUAUGGUAACUAUUUAUGCAUUUCUAGUCGUCGUCGUGUCGUUUUCUUACUAUUUUCCCGAUUUCUUUUAUAAUAAUA